CAGGCGCGAAAUGUAACGCGGGAAAACCCAGGGUGCGGAUCGCGCUGCGGGCCGGCGGCACCGGGACCGGCAGCGGCACCGGCAGCGGGGCGGGGGCCGCUGGGCAGAGGCGCGCGGGGCGCUAUGGCCGCCGCCUGCUGCUGGUGGCGGUGACCUCGCGGCUCCAGCUCCAGCAGCGAGGAGGUCGCGCGCGCGCGGGGCAGGCAGCGGGACCCCCCCCCGGCGAUGAGCAGCGGCUGAGGCGCGCCCGGUGCGACCGCAGCAGCCGCCCCCCAGCGCGCCCUCGCCGCCGGUUCCGCCGCCCGCCCCGAUGGCGGAGCGCCCUCCUCUCCCUCCUCCUGCAGCAGCGGCGGCCCCGCCGGUGAUCUUCUGCCAGGACUCCCCGCAGCGCGUGCUGGUGUCCGUCAUCAGGACCGCCCCCGUCAAGCCGUCCCCGCGGCGGGGCGGUGGCGGCGAGGAGCCGGCGCCCGCCCCGCCCGUGCCCACCAGCCCCGGCUUCAGCGACUUCAUGGUCUACCCCUGGCGCUGGGGCGAGAACGCGCACAACGUCACCCUCAGCCCCGGCACCGCCACCGACACCACCGCCUGCUCCUCCUCCGCCUCCUCCUCCUCCUCCUCCGCCUCCGCCGCCGAGCCCGCGCAGCAGCCCCGCGGCGGGGACGAGGAGGAGGCCGGCAGCACGGACGGGGGGGGCGGUGGCCACCGGCACCUCAAGGACAGGACCCGUCGCGGGCGGCCCCGCGCGGACACGGUGCGGGACCUGAUCAGCGAAGGGGAGCACUCGUCCAGCAGGAUCCGCUGCAACGUCUGCAACAGGGUGUUCCCGCGGGAGAAGUCGCUGCAGGCGCACAAGCGGACACACACCGGUGAAAGGCCUUAUUUGUGUGACUACCCAGACUGCGGGAAAGCCUUUGUUCAGAGUGGGCAGCUCAAAACUCACCAGCGUCUCCACACAGGGGAGAAGCCUUUCAUCUGCUCAGAGAAUGGCUGUCUGAGCAGAUUCACUCAUGCAAACCGUCACUGCCCCAACCAUCCAUAUGCCCGCCUGAAGAGGGAAGAACUCACUGACAGCCUGAGUAAAAACCAGACAGCUGACAAUAAAGACGUGGCUGAGUGGCUAGCAAAAUACUGGGAGACUAGAGAACAGCGUGCUCCUGCUUUGAAAAGUAAAGUAAUCCAGAAAACCGAUCAGGAACAGCAGGACCCAAUGGAAUAUUUUCAGUCUGAUGAAGAGGAUGGUGAAGAGAAAAAUAGUGCUCGCUCAGCUGCUCGCCGCCGCCGCCUCCAGGAACAGCGUGAACGUAUGCAUGGUGCUUUGGCUCUCAUUGAGCUUGCAAACCUAGCUGUGGCACCACUCCGGCAGUAGAUAGGGAAGAAGUUUGCCUAUACAAAUUACUUCCUGGUGGUACUUAACCAGUUAGAUCCUGGGCAUAAGCUAAGCACCUUAUUUGCUUAUCACAGGCUGCUAUUCUGUAGAAUUUAUGAAGAAUGUUGUUACCCCAUAACAUGGGGUGAGAGAAUUGCACUUUUUGUAAGGUUAAAGAUAGAUGUAAAGUUUCUAAGUAUUUUGUAAAUAUAGGGCUGCGUAAUGCAGGGUUAACAAAAUACAUGUGGGAAGCUAGAUUUUGCAAGGUUAACUCAUUUAUUUGAAGCAGUUUUCACAGGAAGCACUAAUCACAGUGUUUCACUAAUCAGUGUUUGUGAUUAGCAGAAUGGUACACGUGGCCAAAGAAGGCUGACAAAAAGAAAAGUAUUUAUCUGAACUAUUUAAGCAAAUUUAUAUAAAGUGGUAGGUCUGAAGAUACUGUAAGCACCAAUGAAACCACGUUUUUCUAAAUGUCAGUUUUACCUAGUAUCACUGAGGUGUAGAGGGCAAAGCUUAGUUAUUAAAACUUGUAGAGGGGAAGAAGCUGCUUCAUGCAGGUGAAUUAUAGAAUAGUUCAGGAUCUUCGCUGUGACUGCUCCAGGUAUGAGGAUGACUUUGCUCUUUUACGUGUUCUGGUUUGAUCUCUGGUUUGAAUUUAUUGGUAGCACUUGUUAUUCCUAGCAUAUGAUGUUAGGAACUUUUGCACAUUGUUGUGUUUAUCUGAAAAUGAUUAGUCUUGCAAAGUCUAGACAAAGUUAAACAAUUGGUGAUAUUUUUGUCUGAUAUUUUUUGGCCCCGUAAUGAUUUGGCACUUGUUUUCCUUAAUAAGGGGGUGUUUACAGGGUGGUAAGGAUUUGUAGUAAACUAUUCUAGAUCUCCUAUUAGCAAACACUAAGUUUUAAAGUCUUGCUUUUACAUGGUUACUAGCAAAUAGAAGCCUCCGUAUUUUCUGUGCAUAAAGCCACCUUAUUGCUUUACUUACGGAUAACAUGCCCAUUUUGUGUUCACUAACUUUAGCACAGCUAUCAAUUAAACACUGCAGGAAAAUAUUCACUAUACAACUAGAAAAUAGGCUUCCAAAGAUAGUUACAAGUGUGUUAACAGUGUGAUUUCUUGUACGUCCCAAAUAAAUGAAGUUACAGAACGCUGCUUAGUAAUAUCAGAUGCUGGUAUAAGAUGUUUAGUGGGAUAUUUUGUUACUUCAUGAAUGUUGUAUACUUUUUGAAUACCGUCGUCUUAUGGUAAUCUUGUUCUGUAUUUUGCUUGGAAGGCAACCAGAGAUUUGUAAUAUGCUAACAAGAUGUUAUCUUCAAAUUGAACUUUUUUCUUUUUUUUAUUUUUGCAGUUGAGCUACUGCUUGAGGGGAUAUUAAUAAUUCAUUUACUGACCUGCUUGCUUUUAACUCUUCCUUCUCAUUGAAGGUCAGGAAAUUCAAAUGAGAAGGGAAGCCACUUUCCCUCUUGUUUAAGCAAGAGGAAAAUAGCAUUUUAUUAAUCACUUGAUACAGACUGACUAGAUGCCUACAGCUGUUCCAGAAUAGUAAGUCUAUUUUUCCACCAGAAACUGCAAGUGUUGUAUUAUGUUCUUUGAUGGUUGAUAACCUGUUGUGGUAGAAAAUUGUAUUAACUGUGUUUGUUUAACAUCAUAUGUUCGUGAUGCACUUGACUAAGGAGUCAUUGAAUAUUUAAACAAAAACCACCACCAACAAAACAAACAACAAAGAUCAUGUUUGUGGAAUGUAAUUAAUUUUGUACCAGUUAUACGGUUUAACUUCUGUUUUCAGCUGGCAUCAGGCUCAUUUAUUUGUUUUAAGUCUUUUUGGGCUUAAAAGUUUGAAACACUUUGGAGUCAUUGUGGGCUCCUUAGUCUAUGUAAAACUGGUAAUUCAGGGUAUAGAUUUAGAAUGUGACAAAUUGGUUUUGACUGUUCAGUUGGCUAUGUGUAAAGACUCUGAUCUCAAAAUGAGUCCUGAGUGUAAAUCUGUUGUAUUACCAAGUUGUAACUUAGAAUUGUUUGAGUAGUAUUUCACUGGGCUCAAAAUCUUCAGCCCUGUUGUAAUCACCAGCUGGUUGCAGGCUGAAGUCAUAACUUCACUGGUUGAUUUUGUUUUCUUCAAUCAGCUGUAAGGUUUUGGACAACUUGCAGAAUAUUUCUUUCAGUAUGACAAGCAUGCUGAAUUCUACUUAGCUGUAGAGCAGAUUCAGACAGCUCUAGCUGUUUUGUGUAGUGACAGGUUUGGGUUAAGAAACCAAGUUAAAAAAUUAAGGUGUGGAAGAUUGCUUUUUGUAUUAUAAAGAAGUGAUUACACACAAGAAUCUUGAAGGCUAAAUUGUUGUUUGGCAUGACAACAGCAGAAGAGUGAAUGUGCCGUUAUUUCAAUAGAUGCUUUAAAUAAAGAGUUGGUUUAAUUUUCAAA